AUGGAGAAGAUCGUGAAAGGUGCUACAAAAGUGAAGUUGGCCGCUCCCAAGUCCAAGUAUAUCGAGCCCAUCCUGUCUGCCACGAACGGUGGAGAGUCAGGCGUCGCCGAGGUCUUUCGAACGCUACAGCUUAGGCUGCGGGACUCGACAUGGACGAUUGUUUUCAAGGCCUUGAUCGUGGUCCACCUCAUGAUCAGAGAGGGCCAACCCGAGGUCACUUUGAGAUAUAUUGCUGAGUCGCCCAAGAGACUGGCAAUUAGCAGCUUUACUGAAGGCCAGACUCAGGGCCUCAAUAUUCGGAGAUAUUCGGAGUACCUCUUGGAACGAGUGCGAGCCUAUCGAGACACGAAGACGGAUUUCGUCAAGUCCGGGGCUGGAAAAAUGCGCCGAUUGACUGUCGAGAAGGGGCUCCUGAGGCAGACUGAGGUUGUGCAGGAUCAAAUAGAGGCCCUCGUGCGAUGCGACUUUUUGGGCAACCAUGAUCCUGACAAUGAGAUUGCACUGACUGCGUUCCGCCUACUCACCCUUGAUCUGCUAGAACUGUUCAAGGUGAUGAACGAGGGCACUAUCAAUGUCCUAGAGCAUUAUUUUGAAAUGUCUCGUCCUGACGCCGAGCGGGCAUUGCAGAUCUACAAGACAUUCGGAAGGCAGACAGAGCUUGUGGUCCAGUAUCUCAGUGUGGCGAGACAGUAUGAGAUGCACACCCGACUGGAGGUUCCGAAGUUAAAGCAUGCACCAACAACACUGACCAACGCUCUCGAGGAAUACCUCCAUGAUGCGGACUUUGAACUGAAUCGACGUCAAUACUUGGCUCAGCAGGAAGCAAAGAAAACUGGAAAACCCAUGUCCUCUGUCUCGACGCCCACACCGUUCGACAAGCCAACCACCAAAGAAGUGGCAACGCCGUCAGUCGCUUCCAAACCACCGCCAGUCCAAAACCAACAGAAAGGACCGGCCCCAGAUCUUAUCGACUUCUUCGAAUCUAUCGAGCAGAAUCAACAGACAAUGGGGCAAGCCAACUUCAACCAGCAGCCGCAAUUCCAGCCGCAGUCUCAGGCCUAUCAGCAAGCGCCGGCGCCUCAGCAGAGUUACAAUCCAUUCCUGCAGCAGCAACCGACCUACCAGAGCCAGGCUUUACCGGCGCCGCAGGCGCUGCAGACGGACUUUACAGGAGCCGGAUUCGGUGGGUACGAGCCACAGCCAUCACAGCAACAGAUACAGUCACCGGGAGGAUAUCAGUUUAGUGGAGCGCUAUCUUCGAUUCCUCAGACCGGCUUGCCGAAUUUUCAAUCACAGGCACUUUCAGCACCACAGCCGUCGCCAUUACAACCACAACACACAUCUACAAAUCCGUUCCGCCAGUCCACAAUGAACACCGGAGCCAUGCAGUUUUCCCCUGUCAGCCCAAUUGCUCCUGCUCGAACGUCGACCAAUCCAUUUGCAAAGCACAACACAGGCGUAACCACAACCACUGCGCCUAACGGUGGAAUGGUCCAUGACCAAACGACCUUCUCACCGACCCAAGCCUCCCCACAGCAGACUUUCCCGCCGAAUCCGUCCUUUCUCAACUCGCCUCCACCCCUGCAACCUCAAAGAACAGGCACAAAUCCGUUCGCGAAGAAUCGGCCAACCACGUCAGGUGGCCCUAUCACAACCAAUGUUACCGGGAGCACGAAUCCAUUUCGUCAGAGCGCGUUUGUGGAUCAGCAAACUGGACAAGGAUGGCAACACAGCAACCAGGGUACUUUCGCAGGCUUCGACGUCAAUAGCGUAGACACCGUUCCGGUUUUUCCUAGGCCUGGACACAGUUAA